AUGUCGCAUUCAAACACUAGUCCAUCGUCAGAACCGCGCGAACGUUAUUCAUGGAUAUCGCUUCCUGAGAGCGAUACCUUAAGCGGCAUCACGCAGCAUGAACACGCCGAACAGGGCGACGGCGUCGACCGCACUCGCAGGCCUGAAUCCCGAGCUCAAGAGCAACGCGAACACACCGAUUCGUCUCCUCAUGCUGCUCAGGAAAACGAGACGCUUCUCUCCAGCCGAGCAUCUACCGCACUCAGUAGAGCAAUCGAUGACCACUCGCUGGAUGAGCCGCAAAUAAGGAACUUCGAUGAUUCCCAUGAGCGUGAGUGCAACACCGAGUACCCCAAGUUACUAUGUCCGACAUCUUCUGACGAGCUUAAAGCAAAGUUUCAAGAUCAAAGCCUGCGGACAUCCACAGAUUGGGUGCCAUACACGCUGCGGCGCCCAUACCUGAUCACUCUUAGCCAAGCAUCACUCAUACUCUCGACCGUAUUAGCAGCCCUUAGCUGGCACUCUUAUAAAAACCAUGGACUCGGAGAUGAGGAUGGGUCUACUGGACUACUCAUUGGACGGAGAUAUACGCCCACUAUCGUCGCCAUUUUCUUCACGCAGGCUGUUGUCCAGGUUGCAGAGGAUGUAAAGAGGACUGAAGCAUACGCACGCAUGGCCGGCCCCGAAUCUAUCGAAGCCAAGUUCACCCUAUUCUAUCUGCCCAAGGUCUGGUGGAAAAGCAUCUUUGUAGGUUUCUCUCGAAAGCGGAGUGGCGGCCACCGGAGAUGGAAUCUGGCCUUGUCUUCGCUCGCAGCUGGUAUCAGUGUGCUCAGCAUUUCAACCUUCUCGUCGUCCGUAUUUGUUGCGAAAGAAAUCUUGUACCAGGAGGAUGUGCAGCUUCAACGGUAUGCCGCUGGCCAGACAAUUGGCGAAGACUUGUCACCCAUUCAGCUUUCACCUCGAAGGGAUACGUAUCUCCGAACUAUAAGUGGAUAUCUCUUCAACGUAUCUACAUCUAUCUGGUCGUCGAAUUCGCAAGUCAUUGUACCUUUUGGAGCAUCAAAUGGCGACAAGCGCCAUGCAACGCUUCCGAACGGUAUAUGGCAAGCAGAUACUGAGGUGUUCCAUCUAAACUACAGUUGCACAUCGAUGGCUCUGGUCGAGAAGGACAUAAUCGAUAUUACCUACAAGUAUACAGACAUCCCGAUAACGUCAUGUCCAAACGACACAUGUACUGUCUCCUCAAAGGGGUUCAAAGUUCGAUCAGAGGAUGGUUGUGAGGUCCAAAUCCAAGGUCCAAUCGCUCAAUGGGAUGCUUUGGGAGCCGAGUUGAACUCCGAUGGCUUCAUUAGCGAUACCUUUACAGAUGAUGGUGGCUUGCUCUGGACCAACAUGUCUUCCAAUUACGUGUCGUGGGAGACACUUAUUCGAGAUUACGGUCAGCCUCCAGCAAUUCGCUCCGUUGGAGAGAAGGUCCUCGAGCAAUGGUCUCGCACGUUCAUUUAUGGUUUCUCCGAUCAAUGCAUUGGGCGUGACCUGCUACUUGUAUCGCCUCAAUGGAUUGUCCGGCCGUCACCUGUCGAUGUGCCCGUGGGUGUAUGGGAGAAAGACUCAUGGGACAACCUCACGAUACGGGCACAAGUAUGCACUCCGGAAUAUCAUGCAGUCAGCCUCCCAGUCUCUGCAUCCAUCGACAGCGCUGAAACUUCCAUGUCCUUCGAUGUAUCAGAGUUUGAGCGACGCAGGCAGCCUGUGUCGAAACAAGCCAUCGAUUUCGACUUAUUGGAUGAUCUCACUUUUCGCAGUGACAAUUGGGACAAGUCUUCAUACUGGAUAUGGGCCGCGGCAAAAUCAGCGUCGCGGAAACAUUGGAUGCUUUGUCUAAUAGCUACUGGUACAACCUUAUCACAAAUCCUCAUCAUCUCCAUGGCAGCCGUCUUCGAAAGACAGACCGCAUUGAUUAGUCGGGAAACUUGGGACCCAUCACAUAUUGAUACACUUUGGGUGACAGCACCUUUUGAGCUUCUACAAGAGCCUAUCGGCUUUUCCAACCCAGGCGAACGAACGCGCAAUUUCGACUUAGACGAGCAUAUGUUGGACUCAUCCAAUAUUCAGUGGCUCAACCACGCGUUGGACGAGAUCCUUCUAGAAACACCGCAACUGGCGUGGACUAAGGAUGAAUGGACGUUUACCCCACUUGAUAUGCAAGAGCUGCCAAACGUUACGGUAUCCUCGAAAUCGCGUUCCGGUUCUGGGAGACAUACAAGCUCUGAUUCUAUAGCGUCACCCGCAAACGCGUCUUUCAUCACUUCCGCUAUCCGAAGUCGAUUACAGUGCUCUCCGAUUGCCGUACCAAACUCCGACUGGCUUGACCAAGCCGCAGACGUUUUUCCCAAUCGUACCAGUGAAGCGCUACAAGGAUUUGCAUUACCGACUACUCUAUUCGACGGCGAAUCGUACAAUACCUCUGUCUUCUCGGCCCGGAGACGGUUAUCAUGCUGUGCGAAUGGCACAGAUCCUGGUCAGCAAGCUGUCGUUGCGUAUUGGAGCAGCAACAGCUCAAUGAUUGAACGGGUGGAUCCUAAUUUCUUCAUACAAGAAUGCACUUAUGAACAACUUACUAAUGGCAACUGCACGAGUGCCAAUGCGCCGUCCGAUCCCCUCAGCGAGGAUGGGCCAGAAGACGUUAUCGUUCAAGGUUCUUGGUACCGUAACUUUACCAUCAAGUGGAUCGUGGGGCCAGGUGUGACUGCGAAGAUAUCUGGACCUAAUCCAGCUGCGAACCCGAAGGUACAACAAAUUAGCGCACCGUACGGCUCUGCAGAUGAAGAGCUUCUCUACUUCACGGAAGAGCCCAAGAUGGCUAUAAUGGACUGUAUCAUGGUCAUCGAAAAUACAUCCGCCAGUGUUACUAUAGCUAGGAGUUCUGGGAACGUUUUGGAAUACAGCUUGGUGGCGGACCCACAGCCUGCUCUAGACGCAUGGGAUUACGCCUGGGAUAUCCUGUACCCUAACCCAACAUCCUACACAGGAAGAGGAAAUGUCAGUUACGGCCAUCUAUUCAUGACGCAGCUCCUCACCGCCCCACACAUCAUCACACCUCACAUAGCGCAUUCCUGGCUAUCCUACAACCGCAGCAUCGAAGAAACAGCAAGCGAACGCUUCAAUAUUCGCGACCGGGAUCGUGGCCUCAACGUCGACUUCAUGUCCUACGCAAACUGGAACCUUGCCAACAAAGACACCGAAUCCCUGCUAAAUACAACAACGCUAUUGCGACAUUCCGAGAAGACGUUACAAAUCUUCUUCAAACACUUUGUCAAUAGCGGGUCGUCGAGUCUCAGCGGGAGCUGGUCAUCUUCAGGUCCUGAGAGAGCAGCCUACCAGCGAGCCUCGUCACAGCCUGUGAAUGGGACGUUUACGAAACGGGUUGAAGUUCUUGCUAUGAAUGAGACGGCAACGUGGCUCUCGCUUACCAUACUCAUCCUACUUAUCGUUAUCCUGGUUAUUCUGGUUGUGGGCUUGCAGAUCAUAUAUCCGAGCUCAUGCAUGCAACAUCGCGUCGAGUGCUUGGCAGACGCACUGGCUAUGGUUGCUGGAAGCGAGGGGCUGAUCGGUUUGAUUGAGGAGCAGGGUGUUGACGGCUUUGCUAAGAGUGGUAGACUGACUAAACUGGAUUGGUUCAGAGACGCGCGUGGAGAUGUUAGGUGGGGUGUUGAACUCGUGGAUGCAGAGGGUGUGGAAUGGGUUGAUGGACCGGAGGUUGCCUCGGCUGGGCACGAUGAGGAGUCAUCAAUUCAGUGCGAGGAAGUAGUCGAUGCCAGCAGUGCGCUUCUGGAAAGUGGACGAAGGUCACCUUCCCUGCGGCAUUCCGUUCAGGAGCAACAGACAGAGCCAAUGGUGGGACCCAGCGAUGUCGCCAACAACGCAUCGAGGCUAUAG